AUGCACGUCAUGUUCGAGGCGAACAUCCCCCAACCACACGAGGAGAUGGAGCAUUACACGCUCUUCCAGACGCUCAAGAGCAUCGCGCUGACGGUGCUGGUGCUGUGGACGGUGGCGGCGAACGCCUUGGUCUUCGUGGUGCUCUACAAGAACCCGCGGUUGCAGACCGUGCCGAACUUGUUGGUAGGUGAAAAACGACAGCCAGGAAAGCCUAUUACUAGUCCUUCCGGAAAGUCGCCGGACGGAAAUGGGCGACAUGCACUGUGCGAAAAAAUUCAGGGUGCGAGCGACACCCGAAAAAAGCCUAUUGCACGGUGCGAAAAGCAAGAAAUUGCACAGUGCAAAGUGAACUUUCGUUUUCGCGGAGUGCAUGUCGCCGAUUUCCGUCCGGCGACUUUCCGGAAGGACUAGUAUAAGAUAAAAACAGUCAUUAAAAGUGCAUUUCCUCAAAGCAAUAGCAUGAAAAUCUAAUUUUGGGGCCUAGCCGGCCCAAUUAAUCAACUUACGGCAAAAAAGCAACGAUAAUUUUAUCGAAUUUUCAAGUUGAAGGUCAGGUGUCUAGUACAAUAUAAAAGGGUAAAAAAUUUUUUAUUUUUUUCAAAUAUACCUUCUAAAUCUUUAAAAUAAACUGCAUUUAGCGCAAUAAUUGUAUAAAAUUUUUUUGAAAUUAAGCUUCUUCCAAGAUACGGUACAAAUUUACAAAUUUAACUUGUGAUCUCUAGUAUGUACAUUCAUAUGUCCUUUUGUCAUCCCCAAUUUUUUUGAAUACUUUUUCAUUCUCGGAAUUUCAAAAUAAAAUUAUAAAUAUUCUUUCCGCUAUUUAUUCAAUUUUUUUUUUGAUUUUUUAAAUUCUCUUUUUUAUAAACGAACCCCAGAAAAGAGAUGGGAGACCAAAAAUAUCCGCAAAUUGAGUUAUGCUCAUAUUUCCGGGGACUUUAAAGCGUCAUUUAUCCGAUUUACUGAGAAACGGAGAGCAUCGACUGAGAGAAAUUCCAUCAGACAUCAACAUUACAGUACUCAAAUUAAGUUUCCAAUCGACCCAGUUUUUGAUUAAUAAACGUGCGAAAAAAGUGACAUUUAGAGGACAAGGCGGAUGUAGGAAGUUGUUAACGAGGUCGUAGAUUAAUUUAUGAUUGUCUGGGGGUCAUUGAGGUGAAAUAUAAAGUUAGAAUGCGAUAUGGCGUAAAAAAUUAUAUUAUACUAGCAAAAAAAUAUAUCUAAAAAAUGAAGCCUACACCUAUUUUUUCAACCUUCUUAUAGCAUCACUAGGCUUUCUUGAGCAAAAAAUUAAAUUAGCCAUGGCUUUUUUUAUACAAAAAUUGUUUUAAUAAUUAUUUUUUCCCUUUUCAGGUGGGGAAUCUUGCCUUCAGCGAUCUGUGCCUGGGCCUCGUCGUCCUCCCAUUGUCUUCGGUGUACGCCAUCGCCGGCGAAUGGCUCUUUCCGGAGACACUUUGCGCUAUCUUCGUCUCGGGUGAGUUAUGAAUAUUCAUAAAAGAGGUUGUUGACUUCCUCAGACCCGCCGUUAAUCUAUAGCAUAUACAUAACAAAGGCUGUUGGGGUUACACAAGCUAUAUAACGAUUUGCAUUGUUUAUACCCGCGAAAAUAGGGGUUGAAAUGGUAUUAAAAAAAGUAAAAACAGACAAAAAAAUCCUAUUAUAAGAACAGUAAAGUAUACCGUGAUUCCAGCGGACAUCCUUUGCUCAACCGCGUCGAUAUGGAACCUCUCGAUUGUCGGACUCGAUCGCUAUUGGGCCAUCACCUCACCAGUCGCGUAUAUGGCCAAACGAAACAAACAAACAGCUGUGUUGAUGAUAUUGGCCGUCUGGGUCUCCUCGGCUCUCAUUUCCCUCGCCCCAUUACUCGGCUGGAAACAGGUUGCAGAGCACGGGAAUCUGGUUAUGAUCAACGGCACUUGGCAGUGCACAUUCCUCGACCUGCCGUCGUACACGAUCUACAGCGCAACGGGCAGCUUCUUCAUCCCGUUGACUGUGAUGUUCUUCGUCUAUUUCAAGAUUUAUCAGGCCUUUGCGAAGCAUCGGGCAAGGCAAAUUUAUCGACAAAAGGUAGGCGAGAGAACCCUUUUGUCAGAGGCGUCGGGAAAAGUUAUGGGUCAGGUCUGGUUUUGAUGGUCUGGUCAAGUGUUUCUUCAGGGUUUAGAGAAGACCAAAAGAGUUUAUAAACUGAUUUUACUGUGAAAAUGGCUUCAAAUUUUGAAUUUUCGCAUCUCCAUAUCUCUGAAGGGCUUUUUAUUAGUCAAUUUUGCUUUUUGAUUGUCAUUUUACCAGUAAUGGUAAUCGCAGUGACCUCUGUUAUAUUGCUCAUGAUCAUCAAGCGAGGCUUUGAUAGAUGAUCGAUUUUCUCCAGAUUUUUUGACUAAAAUACGUUCAAAUCUUUCAAGUAAUAUCACACAGACUCCUAUCAUCGUAUACCAAAACUUCUUUUUGGGGCUGGAUUUAAAGCAAAACUGAUUUUUAAACAGACGAAAAUCCAAAAAAAUCACUUCGAAUACACGUGACCACAUCAGCUAAACCUGACCCGCUCUACCGUAAAUAACUCCCCAAAUACAUUUAAACCCCCAUAGAAGAAACGUUUACUAAUGUCGGGGUGUUCGGGGUGGAUCGGCAUUUCAUUAACAAAUACAAUUAUAUACUUUGUUUUAGCUGGCCACGUCUUCACAUGUAAGCUCUUUUUUUGUUUAUGGCUUCCCGAAUAACCGGUUUCCUGGACGUAGUUUACAUGCUGCUGUGUUUGUCUUAGAAAUUUUACAGCUAUCUGCACCUACACUUAACCUUUCCGAUACAUCUUCUUCUCUUUUUUUUGCUGAUCCAUUCCCUUUAACACCACGCAUUUUUAUCUUGUCGCGCACCCAAUUUUGAUGAGAAAAAUGAUGACUAAUUUUGGAGAUGUCUUCUUUAAAGUUUAUCAUUAUUUUCGCAUCAGAAUCAGCAAAGUUGUUGGCACAGAAAAGAUUAGAUUUUUAGUGUCUUAUGGGCUGAUUUGCAGGUGAUACGAAAGCACAUUGAGUCAACGAUACUACAUGAAAUUAGCCAUGUCUUGCCAACGUCGGAUGAGUUCGCAAAAGACGAAGAAGAAGAGGACGAGGAUGAGGAAAGCAGCGGUAAGUUAGAGCUUCAUUUAUCAAUUUUCCGGCCUUGAUUUUUCAUAAGGCUUUGUAGUGAUGCUCUAGAGUGAAGGUGUUCUUAGAUUGAGGCUCAAAUUUUUACAAGUUUGUAUUGAAGUUUUCGGAGAUUUGAUAGGCUAGACGUUUGAAAAAAUCGAAGCAAACCGACCGUCAAACCCAUAGAACUUUUAUUUUUUACCCAUUUUUAUCUCUGUCCCAGCUGUUAAGUCCAAACAAUUUAGGUCCACAAAGAACUAGUUGACUGUUCAGAGUACUAUCGACAGCUCUCGAGUACUCUGCCCUUUUUUGUUCGCAUUUAUUUUCAUUCUUCCAUCUAUUAUUCGCGUUAUUUUUAGAGCGUUCCAAGGACAGAGAGAGCAAAUCCCAGAACGGCGUGAUCGUCGAAGAAGACGAGGACGCGGUUAUGGCCGAAGACGAAGACGAAUUCGAAGACGAAGAAUACGAAAACAAUCGAGAGAGCCUCACUCAAGUCACAAUCGCAGUAACGGUAGGGCGUGAUGACAAAACGAAAUUUUUUGAACUUUUUUUUGCACUUCCAUUCCAUUUUUGGAAACUUCAACGCAAACACAUUCAGAGUCCGCAAGAACAGCACAAGUCGGUGAUUAUCCGGCGCGAGACGGGUGUCAGUCAAAAUGGCGACGCGCAACUGCCCAUGAAACCCACGUUAAAGGCCAAUUACGAGAAAUGCGUGGCGUUCCGGAAAGAGGACGCUCAUCCGGAGCUCAGCGAAGGCCGCCAAGACCGGCCAAUGAUCAGCUACGAGAAGGUGAAGCGGCACAAGCAAAGGUAACAGGAAGUAAAUGUCAGAGAAAAAGAGUUGUCAAUAGAUAUGAGGGGUCCUGCAUGAAAAUGUUCUAUUUUAUGGGGCCUAAAGUUCAUUUUAGGGUAGCUUUUUGUUCUCACAUAAUUUUCGGUACACUAAGGUAUGUUGCAGAUAAUUUCUGCAUGUACCUUACCGCUAAGGGUCCUAUAGAGGCUUUAGAAAUGUUUAUACUAGUUUUUCCGGCUACCAACGAUAAGAUACACAUAAGAUAUCCUGUGUCAAUAUAAGGGCAUCUAACUUUUUGCUAACCAGUAACUUUGUUGCAUAAAGAAAAGUAACAAAAUUACUGCCCUUGAUCCAAUAAGCCUCCCAGCAAUUUGCAAACGCUAUACAAAGAUCUAAACGUUGCAUAAGAUCCUUGAAAAAAAGUUCAUAAGAACACUGCCAGAUCCCCAUAGACCUUAUGCAAAAAAAGAGAAAAAUGUCAAGGGAAUAGUGGUCAUCUGAUAAGUGCAACGUAGAGAUGUCUUAGGCGUAUGUCGGACGUCAACAUGACGUAGAAUGAAGUAUCAUGACAAAUGGACCAAAAUUGCCAUUUUUUUGAAAAACUAAAGAAAAACGUUACUUGUUGGUGCCUCGUAUUUUACCCCAAUAUUACCUUUUCAGAAAAGAGCGGAGUUACCGUAAAAGCCUUCAAAAGAAGCCUCGAGCAAUCUCCGCGGCCAAAGAGCGGCGCGGUGUGAAAGUGCUGGGAAUCAUCCUGGGAUGCUUUACAAUUUGUUGGACCCCUUUCUUCAUGUAAGUGGGACCCGCUACCACUUUAAUAUGGCUUUAGAAUGUACGUGGUAGUACAGUUCUGCUCGGAUUGUAAGAUAAACCCUCAUGUUGAGAUGUUUAUCACGUGGCUGGGUUACAGCAACUCGGCAAUGAAUCCAAUCAUCUAUACGGUAAGGUUUCGGGCCUUUGAAUGUAAUUUUUUCAGAUAUUUCAAAGAAAGAUCAAAAAAUUUUGGUGUAGUUUCCAUGUAUAAUAUAAAUUGAUUUAAAUUUUUUGCUUUUAGGUAUUCAACCGAGACUAUCAGAUCGCUUUGAAACGCCUCUUCAUCUCCGGCCCCAAGUCCGCGAACCUGGUGCCGGCGCGCCCCUUCUGA